AUGAGUCAGCAAAGUGCAACAUACUCUUCUCACAGAGGAAUUAAUUCAUUCAAAGUCAUUAUUGGUGUUGCACCUAAUGCUGUAAUAACCUAUGUAAGCAAGUUAUACCAAGGUUCCAUUUCCAAUAAAGCCAUUGUACAGGAGUCAGGCCUCCUCAAUCACUUAACUACCAGGAUAUAGUUCUAGCCGACAAAGGGUUUCUUAUUCAGGACAUUGUGCCCCAUGGAGUUUCAGUUAACAUCCCACCUUUUCUAAACAAAGGGGCUUUCACGGGGAGUGUGGCCAAAGCUACAAAGGCAAUAGGAAGAUACUGCAUAUAUGUAGAAAGAGUAAAUGCAAGGCUAAAAGACUCCAGAAUUUUAGCCUUCAUCCCCUCUUACCUUCGUUGUUACUCUGAUAUCCUGUUGCAGCUGUGUGCCACUCCUGUUAACCUACAAUUUCCAUUAGUCAAGGAGGGGUGUGAGGAUAGGGUUUUUUAA